AUGGAAGUCGACGACGUCCUACAGGAAUGGACCUGGCGUCAACCCUUCGACCUAAUCCACAUGCGUCAGCUAAUAGGCGCCUUCACGCCUGUUGAAUGGGAUGGUCUAUUCGCUCAGUGUUACAAAAACCUAACCCCAGGUGGCUGGGUCGAACAAAUAGAAGGCGACCCCCGAAUCCAAUGCUCAGAUUCAAGCAUGUCCCCAAAUUCCAGUAUGGUCCAGUUCACUGAAGCGGUAUUCCGCGCCGGACAGGAAUGGAAUCACCCCCUCGAUACGCUGGACACGAUGCGUACGGCGAUGGAAAAGGCCGGUUUUGUGGAUAUCCAUGAGAAUUUGUAUAGGUGGCCUGUUGGUCCGUGGGCGCGUGACCCUACACUUAAGGAAGUGGGGAGGUUGCAUUAUCAUCAGUGGAUCGCUGGUAUGGAGGGUUGGGGCAUGUAUCUUCUUACUAAAUUUGGGGUUCCAGUGCCGUGGGCGAAGGAGGAGGUUUUGGUUUUGUUAGCGAAGGUUAGGAAGGAGCUGCAGGAUCCGCACAUUCAUAUGUGGCAGUAUGCGAGGAGGGUUUGGGGGAGGAAGCCUACGGCGGAGGAGAAGGAGAAGGAAGAGGAAGGGAAGGUGAAGAGUGAGGAGGUUGAUGCUAACGAAGUCUGA